AUGGGCGAGGCCUUCCAGGCUCUUCUUCCCACGAAAGUGGAAUUGAAGCUGAAGUGUAAAGAGGAGAGUAACAUCAGCUAUGGCCAAUAUUUUUGUAUAGAGGAGAAGGCCAAUGACUACAAACUAAUUCGAGAUGAAAUUAAAGCUGGGAAGUCUGACAAGGAGAUCUAUACAAAGCUUGAAGAUGAUUUUGGUGAAACUGUACUUUAUGCCCCAAAAUUUGAUAUGCAGACGGCUGCUAUAUGGCUCUCUCCGCUACUAGUUGCUGGUGCUGCUGGAGGUUUGUGGGCUUACAAGAAGCACAGACAGAAGACCAAUGUGCACAUUAUGGCUUUGAAUCUCGUUCGAGGAAUUCCCUUAACCCCAAAGGAGAAAGAAACCAUGCUCGAUGUCCUCACGCCACCUCCUGGAGGAACUUCUUCCUUGAGUUGGUGGAAAAGAUUGCUUCAGCAAUGAAAACUCUUUAACCUGUCAAUUGUCAUCACUUCCCUUGUAUUCUAUUUUUUUUUUUGCUAGAAUAUCUCAAAUUGCCAGCUAGUCAAGAAACCACCCUAUCCAUGUCAUUUUGCAUUGGCGUUUUUGAAUUGGUCAUCCAUCAUCCUGAUUAUACAUUUUUCUAAGGGUAUUCCCUGAUAUAAGUUAUCGAUAUCUUAUUGUACAAAAGGGUACAAUUUGGUUAUGAGUUGACUUCAAUGUAAUAAUAAUGCUUACAUAGUUUUCUGA